AUCUGGCAUCACUGAUUAGUUUGUUUGUGUUGUUCGCGCGAAAUUUGUGAUUUGUGGUAAAUCGGGUAAUUUUCCUUCUAAUCUUCCGAUUUAACGACGGCGGUUAUGGCCCAACCAGCUGUAGUCGCCCUGUGCGCAACCUUUUGUCACUUAUGGCACCAGUGCAGUGGUAAUUAUCUAAUAGUAAGUGCCAGAUCGACGCACCGGAUGUUUAUUGAAACAUCCGUUAACUCCCGGUUAAGGAACCUUUGUUUUCCAUGCGUUUGGAUUCAUGGAAACAUGGAUAGAUUGCGCGGUCAAGGUUAUAGUACUACCACUUUUCCGUAUCUCUGGAAGAAGGUUGAUAAGGAGCCAGCCCCCAGCAGUCGGCAAGCUACCGGAAGCUCCCUUCUCUGCACAAUCGUGAUCCGAAGGACAAGCACUUUUUCGCUAUGGCCGGAUGGGAUCGUCGUUGGAGGUUUCUGUCACAUGCAGAUGGAUCCGCAAUGCCAGACGGGUGAAUUUAAAGGUCGAUUGCUACCCAGUCCAUUUUUCGCUCACAUCCAUCGCCCAAAUGGGAAGGAAAGCAAAGCUCCCGCUUGAGCAUGCACAACAAUAGCAACCUUUUGCAGCACCUAUGACCGGACCUUUGUUGUCGACCCCUUACCAGAAUUAUGGGCGGUUAAAUUUGUAGCCGAUAUGUACCCAAUCGGAUGGACAUUUACAUGUAAGUCAACAAUAAACGAAUUCAUAGAAUCAAAUAAAACUCAAAUAAAAAUGGUUUCAUAAAAUGAUCCGAAAACCCUGAAUGCAAAUUUGCACAUGUGUGCGUGCCAUGUUCCCGUAUAUGAUUCCAAUAAACGUAUACAUACCUUCGGACGAAACAUUUUGUCGAAUCGUUUUAUACCUUUACUGGAAAUGUUUGGUUACCAGAUUACUUUAAAAAUUACUUUAAGGAAAACAGUUUGAUGACCAGAAUACGUUUUCCCCGAUUGGUUUUUGAACGUUAUCUCAACUGCUUGCAGAACAGUUCUUCCAUACAAGUGGUUUAAUAGUUCUUAACAGUAACAUAACUUAACGCCAUAUUCAAGAGACCGUCG